GAUGCAAAGUUUAGUAGAUCAAAAUACAGAUUGUUUAGGGGAAUAUUUGAAUUUACAACUCACUGAAAUUGAAAUGCUCCAGUCCAUGUUUGAGGAAGGGAAAGAAAUCUGUGUAGAUCACGAUACAUUAGCUCAAGCACAGGAAUACCUUGUAGGUAACAGGAAGUUAAAACCGAAUAAACUGAAAUUAAAUCUGAGACUUUUCAUUAAAAAUGAUGAUGUUGAUAGCUUACUAGUGAACUUCAGUUUACCUCACGAAUAUCCCAAGGAACUUCCUGAAGUUGAUCUCAAAUGCGAUUCUUUCAGAAGAGAAUCACAAAAACAGAUAAACGAUUUGCUAAAUGUCUUUUUGACCACCUUGGAAAAAGGAGAAGAGUGUAUUGUCACCAUAAUUCAAUGGCUACAAGAAAACUGGCCCGAAUUCUUUGAAAAACAGCUCACCUUUGGAAGGAUGACAAAAAAUGAGACAGAAUCAAAACAAGAUAAUCAUGAACAAAAUAUGUGCAGAACAUGGCUGUACAUGCAUCAUAUAUACAGCAAGACAAAAAGGAAACAUAUACUUGAUUGGGCACAUGAGUCAAAGCUGACAGGUUUUUCUCUACCAGGUAAACCAGGAGUUGUCUGUAUUGAAGGUGAUUCUAGGGACACAGAAGAGUAUUUUGCUCGCUUGCGUCGACUUAAUUGGAAGAAGAUUCAAUGUCGACACAAGGAAGAAAAGAUUAAGGAACGAAGGUUUUCUCAAUUCAAGGAAAUAAUUUUUCAGAUCCAUGGAAGUGGUGAUAAUAGGAUGGAUUUCGGGGAAUUUUUCCAAUAUCUUUUGGACCAUAAUUUGGGUGACAUUUUCAAAAUUCUGUUUGGAAUUGAGGGUAAACUGAACAGUAAAUAAAGAUUUGAAUAAAAUUACAAUAGUUGUGUUCACAGGGAACUAAAAAUGAAGAAUUUACUUUCAUACACAAUAAAUUGCAUUACAUAUUGAG